AUGGCCACGAUGGAAGUCGACGAACAGCAGCCAUCCAGACGACGGCCCGUGUUUACGAUCGACGACGAUCACCCCUUCGACCUCGACGCCUACAUUGCACCCUACACCGGCCGCACCGUCAUCGACAGACUCAUCGCCAUCAUCGUCCGUUGUCCAUCCAUCGCACCGCACGCGCUCACGCUCGCAUUUCAACAUCUCCAUCGCCUUCGCGAUCCGUCGCUCGUCAACACAGUCAUCGGCGCAUAUGAGAACGUACUCGGCACUCAGGAGGACGUAGUCAGCGUAGAUGUGGAGUGGGUAGAAGAGGUCACGAAGCGGAAUGUGGCGGAGAGAACGAAGCUCGAGGUCGAGCUCAAGACGUACACGAAUAAUAUGAUCAAGGAGAGCAUUCGCAUGGCCCACAGAGAUCUCGGAGACUUCUUUCGAUCGACGGGUGAAUUUGGGCUUGCAUUAAAGCACUACACGAAGUCUCGCGAAUUCUGUUCGACAAGCCAACACAUCCUUGAUAUGUGCAUGUCCGUACUUGAGCUCGCCAUCGAACAGCGUAACUACACACACAUCCCCUCAUACGUUUACAAGGCCGAAGGUGCCCUCGAGUCUCUCACAAUAGGCAGCGCAGUCGCCAGUGUAGUAGCCCCUUCUUCCGCUAGCACGUCUCAAGUACCUCAGGGAUUCACGGCAGCUGGAGCCAGCACGACCAGCGGAGGAGGCAUCAGUGCAUCGUCAAUGGCAGGAUCGGCAGGCGGAUUGAGUCAAUCUUCCCAAAGUAGAAAAUCCACCGAUCGAGAUCAUAUACAGACCAAACUUGAGUUUGUAUUAGCACUAUCCCAUCUCGGGACGGGUGCGUAUGAUAAAGCUGCGACUGCCUUCCUUAAACUCGGCCCUCCAGAACAAUUGGGAGAUUGGAUUGGAAAGCUUGUUGCACCUAGCGACAUCGCAAUCUACGGCACUCUUUGCGCACUCGCCUCUCUCCCUCGGUCGUCCGUCAAAGCCCAACUCGUUGACAACCCUAUAUUUGCAACGUACAUCGAACAGGAGCCGUACGUAAGAGAGUUGGUUCAGGCAUACAUGGCAAGCGAUUUCAAGACGGUGUUGGAUAUCCUCUCACGGAAUUCGAUCCGGCACAACACAGACAUCCACCUCUCCCUACACACCCCCGAGCUCACCAAGCUCAUCCGACACGUCUCGCUCGUGCUCUAUUUUAUGCCAUUCGAGACAGUCAGACUCGAGAGGAUGGCAGAGGCCCUGGGGUGGAGUGUUGAGGAAGUUGAGAGAGAGGUUGUUGGGUUAAUUCAGGGCGGAAGAAUCAUUGGAAGGGUGGACAGCCGGGGAAAGGUCCUUGUCGCCAAGAAAACGGAUCAUAGAGCGGAGUUGUUUGCCCGCGCAAUGAAGAUGGCUUCGGAAAUGGAGAAAACGAAUAGGAAAUUGUUGCUUAGAAUGCGGCUACAACAAGCCGACCUCGUGGUCAAAGAUCCGAAGACGACACGGAGGGAACAUGAUCGAGGGCUUGAGAUUGCGUUAGGGGAUAGCAUGGUGUGA